GUUUUAUGAACUUCAGUCAACAGCAGUAGCUGCCUAAAGCAUUUUUCCUAUGUUUCAUCUGGGUCUCGGUUCAGGAACUUAUGUUAUCAAUAAACUGUCAAUUGAUGAAGUUAUCUGUGAAGUUGUCAAUGCGGUUUUUAUUACGUUCAUUUUCGAUGAUAUCUGAAAGUCGUGCCAAUAUGAUAAAUCCCGCUUUGAAGCCCGAGUUAGUACUUUCGGAAAGCAAUCGUAAGAAUUGUAUCGAGAGGUUCAAGCGCUUUCGAACAUCGAAAGUGCGCGGUGCCAAGGAAGCAGCCGUUCUGGUGCCGUUGUGCUUAUAUAAAGGCGAACUUAGUAUCUUAUAUACGCUACGANNNNAAUCUUUUCGAGGAUAUUUGUUGCAGGUAUCCUUCCCAGGUGGCAUGCGUGAUAAGAACGAUGUCGAUCUGCAGGAAACUGCGAUGCGAGAAACUUGGGAAGAACUAAAGAUUCCCAGAGAAAAAAUUGAUGUGUGGACUGCGGGACAUCUCAUCGGCAAGAUUGACGUCAAUGUAAUGCCGAUUCUGGCUUAUAUCGGCGAAGUGGAACCAGAGAAACUAGAGAUUAAUCCUGACGAAGUAGAAGAAGCAUUUGUAGUCAGUCUGCAGAAAUUAUGUGAUCCUGAACUAUGUAGUUUUACACGUUUUCGCAAACCGGCUGUUACCUUGCCUUGUUAUUUUGGUGGGAAGUACCGUGUCUGGGGAUUUACCGGUGCUAUCACUGAUAUAGUACUCGCAUCCUUGGUACCACAGGUGUAUAAAUAUAAGUUUCCUCGAGUGCAACCGCUCCAGACAGAUAGUACUGCCAAUAUAUUUUCAGAUAAGUUAUUCGAGUAUAACACGAUGCAUUCGAAGAUAUGAAAAAUGGAAUAAAGUAAAGAAAUUAAAAUUAUGUACAUCUUAAAUUCUAUGCAUAAAUUUUGGAAUGUCGAUGUAUCGAAAAUUUAGCACAUUAAUCGUUCAACUUUAUUUCAAUAAUCUAGAUAUUUUAUUAAUCGUUGUGUUAUUACGACAUUUAUCAAAGAUUUUUUUAUAUAUUUUAUAUAUUUAGGAUGUUAUGGUUAUUAAGAGAUCGUUAAAAAUUAAA